AUGGCGUCCACCGUCUCCUUCUCCCCCGCCAACGUUCAGAUGCUCCAGGCUAGGAGUGGACAUGGCCAUGCGGCCUUUGGGAGCUGCUCCGCCGUCCCAAGAGCCGGGCCAAGGCUGCGCUCCACGGCCAUCAGGGUCAGCAGCGAGCAGGAGGCGGCGGCCGCCGUCAGGGCGCCGUCCGGGAGGACCAUCGAGGAGUGCGAGGCUGACGCCGUCGCUGGGAAAUUCCCUGCUCCCCCGCCGCUGGUUAGGCCAAAGGCCCCUGAAGGAACACCGGAGAUCAGGCCCCUUGACAUGGCAAAGCGCCCCCGUCGCAACCGGAAAUCGCCUGCUCUUAGGGCUGCCUUCCAGGAGACGAGCAUCUCGCCUGCCAAUUUUGUGCUCCCAUUGUUUAUCCAUGAAGGAGAAGAAGAUGCUCCUAUUGGAGCUAUGCCAGGGUGCUAUAGGCUUGGGUGGAGGCACGGGCUGCUUGAGGAGGUUUAUAAGGCCCGCGAUGUUGGCGUUAACAGUUUUGUGCUCUUUCCUAAAGUUCCUGAUGCAUUGAAGUCUCCUACAGGAGAUGAAGCGUAUAACGAUAAUGGUCUGGUUCCACGUACAAUCCGCUUGCUCAAAGACAAGUUCCCUGAUAUUGUUAUCUACACGGACGUUGCGUUAGACCCUUAUUCAUCUGAUGGUCAUGAUGGUAUUGUGAGGGAGGAUGGAGUAAUUAUGAAUGAUGAAACAGUUUAUCAGUUGUGCAAGCAGGCUGUUUCACAGGCUCGUGCCGGUGCUGAUGUUGUCAGCCCUAGUGACAUGAUGGAUGGCCGUAUUGGAGCACUUCGCUCUGCUCUGGAUGCUGAGGGUUUCCAUGAUGUCUCCAUUAUGUCCUACACUGCAAAGUAUGCCAGUUCCUUUUAUGGCCCAUUCCGAGAAGCUUUAGAUUCAAACCCAAGAUUUGGAGAUAAGAAGACUUAUCAGAUGAACCCAGCCAACUACAGAGAAGCCCUCAUAGAAACCGCAGCGGAUGAGGCAGAAGGAGCUGACAUUCUGCUAGUGAAACCGGGAUUACCAUACUUGGAUAUCAUCCGACUUCUUCGGGAUAAUUCAGCCCUACCGAUUGCUGCUUACCAGGUCUCCGGCGAGUACUCGAUGAUCAAAGCUGCCGGGGCUCUGGGCAUGGUGGACGAGCAGAAGGUGAUGAUGGAGUCGCUCAUGUGCCUCCGGCGAGCCGGCGCCGACGUCAUCCUGACCUACUUCGCGCGUCACGCCGCCGCGGUGCUGUGCGGCAUGGGGCCCAAAUAG